ACACCUCCGCUGCAGUCCAAGCUGGAGGUGAAACAGGAGGCUGGAGUGCGCAGUCCUCCGCGGGUCGCCUGUCGCUGCUCUCCUCUGGCGAAGCCCGAGCAGCGGCCGCAGCUAUGCGCCAGCUGCGGCGCGGACAUCCACGACCGAUACCUGCUUAAGGUGAACGAACAUCACUGGCAUUUGGGCUGCUUGGAGUGCUCCGUCUGCAGGACUUCAUUGCGCCAGCAAAGCAGCUGCUACAUUAAGAACAAACAAGUUUACUGCAAGCUAGACUACUUCAGCAGGUUUGGAACCCAGUGCACCCAGUGUGGCCGUCAGGUGUACGCCAGUGACUGGGUACGGCGUGCGCGGGGCAGCGUUUACCACCUGGCAUGUUUCGCCUGCUUCUCCUGCAAACGCCAGUUGUCCACAGGCGAGGAAUUUGGCCUGGUGGAGGGCAGGGUGCUCUGUCGCGCCCACUAUGAUGCCGUACUGGACAACCUACGCAGGGCCGCACAAAACGGAAGCGGUCUGACCCUGGAGGGGGCUCUGCCCUCCGACCAGGACGGCCAACCCAAACCUACUAAGAGGGCGCGGACGUCUUUCACGGCAGAGCAGCUGCAGGUGAUGCAGAGCCAGUUUGCCCAGGACAACAACCCUGAUGCUGUGACACUGCAGAAACUGGCGGAAACGACGGGACUGAGUCGACGGGUCAUACAGGUUUGGUUCCAGAAUUGCCGUGCUCGCCACAAAAAGCUACCUCCUCCUCCUGCUGCUAGUGGAUUCCCUUAUCAGAGUUUCUCACUGGCCAAAGUGUCUUCCUCCUCCUCCUCCUCCUCCUCUUCCAUCUCUCAGCAUGAAGACCACAGCCAGUUUUCCUCUUUCACCAGUUUGGACAGACAACUACUGGGCCGGCACGGAUACCCAGACAGCCAUCCCUUCACGGCAUUUGCAGCUAGACCAGGACACUUGAGCCAUGCUGGUCUUGCUCUACCACAAAUGCCUGUCAGUCGCUGACAUCCUGCUUCUACUUGUCAUGAUAACGUACGGUCAAAGGUAUGAAGAGCAAGUGCCACAACGGCCGCGAGAGGUGAAGGUAUCAAAAGGGGCAAUACAGAAUAAGAAUAGCGUAGUCCCCGGUGUCAAGAACUAAAAACACUUCAUUUGAAACUCUGGGAUGACUUAAAACCAGAUUGUAAAAUGUCAAGAAUGCCAGGCGCGUAAAAAAGCAGUUAUUUGUGAAUAUUUUUUGAGAAAAAACAGUGUUUAGAGAAAGAUAUUGAACCGACCGCGCAGUUUUUCCGUUUUGUAUUGUUGAUGAGCGCAUCAGCAAUUCUUCUGUCGUUUUGUCCUUGUGACAAAACGGAGUCAAAGUAGCACUCGGCGUUAACUCAACAGCUGCUUGUACAUGGAUCGAUAUUGAAUAAAGACGAGGUUGUCUUUAAAAGUAUGGUGUUGACGUGAAAAGUGACUUUCUUAAACAUUCCCAUUACCACCAGCAAUUGUGGGUGAUCGAUACGUGCGUCUAAUGGCCAUUGAUUUGACAAUUUGUUGGCGCUCUCAACGUAAAGGAUCUUCACUUGUCACAGCGACUGAUAGCUAAUAAGAUGAUGAUGCCGUGGAAAUUUAUAUAUAAAUACUUAUGAUUGGUUCAAUUAUGAUAAAGUACAAUAUUAUUAUAUUGUUACAUUGACAAGUUAAAAAUGUCAGUGGUGUUGCUAGCUCAUCUUUUUUUGCAAUUCCAGCAAAAUAAUCAGACUGACGUCAUUGUUUGAAACUUUGUGCUGUAAUGAGUCGUAAUUAGCGCCACGCUAACAUCAACACAAAAGGCGGCCAUUUUGUCUGAUCCACUCCAGGCAAUUUUGGACCACCUGCCAGCACUACACUGCACAAAACAAAUCAGCGUCAAAGCAUGCAACGUGGAAAACCAGCGUUUGGGGUGCUUUUGAUGGUUCCUCAGGAUCUUCCCUGCAAGUUCGCCACCAUGCGCAACCCAGCGCUGAUGAAUACG